AUGGAUAUAAGUAAUAGCAGAGGUGUGAGAAAAGGUGCAUGGACAUAUGAAGAAGACAAAUUACUAAAAGCUUGUAUUGAAAAGUAUGGUGAAGGAAAAUGGCGUUUAAUUCCACAAAGAGCAGGAUUGAAUAGGUGUAGGAAAAGCUGUAGACUGAGAUGGUUAAAUUAUUUAAACCCCACCAUCAAUAGAGAACCUUUUUCUGAGGAUGAAGUUGAUAUGAUUCUAAGGUUACACAAACUUCUUGGGAACAGAUGGUCAUUAAUUGCUGGCAGACUUCCCGGCAGAACAGCUAAUGAUGUGAAGAAUUAUUGGCACACACACUUGCGCAAGAAGAUGAUUUCAAAAAAAUUAGAUGAAAAGAAAGAAAAUAAGAAACAUAAGGAAACCAUGAAAACUCAUGAAGUUAUUAAACCUCAUCCUCGAACUUUUUCAUCUUAUUCACCUUGGUUGAAUGAGAAACAGAAUCUUAUGAAACCAAUAGUGACAGUUUCAGCUAAAGAUGUUCAUGUUGCUAAAGAUGCUAAUGUUACUAAAGAUAAUAUUGCGCGACAAAUUAAUGGUGAUGGAGAUUGUGUUGCAUCCCCAUCUUUUGGAAACUUGACAUUGUCAGCCACGUGGUGGGAAAGUUUGUUGAAUGAGAGCAAUGCCAAAAUUGGCUCUUGCUCUUUAUUGCAAGAGAGAAAUUCAAUUUUAGAGUUACCAAAUAUUGAAACAAAUUUUAUCGAAGGUUCUAGUUCUUUUGGUGAUUUCUAUUGGGAUUUCACCACAUGUGGAUUUAAUUCACAUUUGGAUAUUUAA